AUGGCCCCAGUCGGUUCUAGCAUGGCCAGCCCGGUCUCAGCCAUUAAUGAGCUAGUCGAGAUCGCCGGCGAGGCUUGCCAGAUCGAAGAUGCCACUGCAGAGCCAAACAAUGUGGUAUUCGACCCGUCCAAGCAUCUGGCUUUUGUGCCCCCUUCGAAGGUCCACACUAUGGUUGAGCUCGGCUACCCUAACAGCCGUGGAGUUUCCCCUGUUGGUGUCUCCGAGCCCUUCCCACUAUUCUCGGCCGAAGCUAUUGAGCAAAUGCGCAAGGAAGUCCUCACCAAAGAGGUCUAUUCCAACCACAAGUACUCGAGUGAGAUCGCUCAAUGCCAACUCAGGGGAUAUGCAGCUGAGUGCGCUCCAUUUGUUUAUGACGCCUGGAAGAAUCCAGAGACUCUUGCCAUAAUCUCCAAAGUUGCUGGUGUCGAUCUCGUCCCGGUUAUGGACUUCGAGCUGGGACACGUGAACAUCUCUGGCCACAGCGAAGAAGAGAAGCAUAAUGCUCCGAAGAAAGUCGGGAUGUUGGGUAAGGGCAUUGCCGUAAAGCCCAGCGACGAUGAUGCCAUAGUCGACUGGCACACUGACAGCUACCCCUUUGUCUGCGUGAUUAUGCUGUCGGACUGCACCAAUAUGACCGGAGGAGAAACAGCCCUUCGUACGGGCAAUGGCGAAAUUGUCAAAGUAAGGGGACCGCAGAAAGGUUCAGCGGUCAUCCUACAAGGCCGUUACAUUGAGCACAAAGCACUCCGUGCUUUGGGAGCGACGGAGCGAAUCACCAUGGUGACAUCGUUCCGUCCCCGGGCUUCGUCCGUCAAGGACGACACCGUUCUCACCACAGUCCGCCCAAUCUCGAAUUUGAAUGAAUUGUAUCAUCAGUUCACCGAGUAUCGAUUCGAGCUUCUUGGCGAGCGUCUCCGUGACGUCAAUAGGCUCAUGCGCGAUCAGCAAAGAGCCCGGCGCACUUUUGAUACGCGUGCUGCCAAGAAAUUCAUUAGGGAGCAGAUCGAUUUCCUUGAACAUAUGGAUAAGGAGAUCGUGGAAGAGGAAAAAGUGAUCAAGGGCGUCUUCGAUGAUAGCCAUCUCAUCUCGGAGGAUUUGAAGCGCGAGCAUUCGCGUAAGCGGGCGCUUGCCGAUGUCGAAUGA